UAGAAAAUAAGUAUAUAAAAAGAAAAAAAUAGACGAUUGCAAGAUAGACGAUCUUCAUCUAGAUUUCUUUUGUUGUAUCUGGCAACGAUCGAGGAGAUGUGAGUUGGAGAAUGGUGAUUUCCUUCUUUUUUUGAGCACGCGAUAUAUAAAAUCGAAAAAUAAUGGACUAGAAAGUGCUUUCGAUCGACCAAGCAGGUUGUCAUUGGCAACGGUGGAUUUAAGGGUUUGACCUUUAAGGUGGUGCAGAAGUCUCUUAUAUGGAUUGCGUCGCAUUGAAAGCUUCGUUCUUUCUUUUCUGUCUGAUCGUUCCCGCCACCGAUUUCACGUUUUUUAUCUGUGCAACGAUGUCGUUUUGAUAAAUCUAAUAGCAUGCGUUAUUUCAAGGCACGCUAUGCCGCCAUCGCCGUUGCAGUCGUUUGCCUCUUGGUCGUUAGUGCACGCGUCGUUGGGCAAUUUAUAGCUGAAGAAGACGAGAGACGAUAAAUUUCUCGGUGACGACGACAAAUCACGACGAAACGAACGAUGAAUAAUCGCGAGACUAAAAGCAGCUGAUAAACAGAGGCGUUAGAAAAGUAACACAGAGCGUUGUAAACUACACAAAACAAGAGGAACAUCGAGUGAGUUGAGGGCCAAAUUAUACGCGAUGCAUUGAAUGCAUCGACCGUACAACGCUCGCUGGUACACAAGUUUUACGGUCCUCCGCGUUCUCGCCGGUGCAUUUCCGCGCACUCCGGAAUUACCGGCUGGAUUUCCAUCAGCCAUAAAACCUUGAAGGGUGCAUUCCUCUGUUCGCCGCAGAUGCUAAAGCUUUAGCCGGCGUUUGGCAGGAUAACAAAGAAUUAAGCGCCGCUCGGGGCUUGAAUUAACAGGUGCAGUUUGGUUACAAGAAGGAGAAGCUUCUAGAAGGAAAUGAUUCUAGAUUGAGGAAAGUGAAACGACAUAAAGAUGUUGCCUCUAUUUUACAAUCGCUGGUCCUGCAUUUUUUCCAGACCAGUUCGAUUUUAAAAUCAAGAAGAAACUUACAGAAGGAAAUUAUCCAACGAUUGAUAGAGGCAAGUAAAACAAAACGAUUAUCAACGUGCAAAACGACGGUGAAGGUAGGAAGACACGCAAAAACAAUUCCGGCGAUUAAAUCCGAGUAGUCAGUUUCGGUCGCUCUUUCUCUCGUGGAGUCCAACAACGCUCGUUUGGAAUUGUAAUACGGCGGACGAUGCAAUCCUCCAAACGAAUCCUUUAAAUCUUGGCACAUUAAUUCGAUCGACCGUGUAGCCAUACCACUGAUGACUAAUUAAAGUUCAAAUGGAGAAUUCAGAGAUGAAAACAUACUUAGUUGGCUGGAAACACAAAUUGACUGGAACUAUUUAUCGGAACACGUGCACGCAAACUGACGGCAAAAAUGACAAAAGAACGCAGACAAAUUUUACGAUGGAUAAAUUUACGAAUGUGGAAUGUGACGUUGAAGUGCAGACGAAUUUCUUUCCUAACGUCCGCGACAGAUUUAUAACAAGUUUUCGAAAUUCCAAGGAACCGAGAUUCAAGGAUUACUCGAACGAGAAGAUUCUAGAGAGCGUCGUAAAGAUACAGAGGUUUUACAGAGCUCACCGCGGCCGGCAAACCACGAUCUCGUCGAGCGGCGUUUCAGCCGGCGCUAAGAACACGAACCGGCAGCAAAUACAGCCAGUACCGAGAUUCUAUCGCAGCCGGGAUUUCGUGAUACUAAACCGCACGUCGCCGAGUACCAGGGCGGACUUCGAGUUGCUGUACAAUCUGCUGGAUCGUUGGCGUAUCCACGAGACGAAGAGUGCGAGUGAACAGCUGUUCGUGUCGUCCAGGAUCGCAUUGUGCAGUUUAAUCCUAUCAAAGGAAGUAGAGCUAUUGCGAGCUAUUGAUUCGAGGAAAACUACUAUCAAAUUAAAAAAGAGAGAGCAAUCAUACAGAAACUUCUUGGAUGAGUUGUGCAAACCUGUCGUAUGGAAAACCAGUCAUGGAGAAUCGAUUCCUGUAAUCACGCCAUUUGUACAGCACGCCAGAUGCUUUAGAGACAAGUUCGAAGAGUUGUCGAAGGAAAAUAUGAGUGUUAAGGAAAGAAUUGAGAUGUUGUCUAAAUUGAGAGACGAUAUAGAGCCUCAUACGUGUAAGGAAUCUGAUGAACUGGUACGUUUGUUGAAUCAAGAGAUUGAUCUGUUGACUCGUAACGUGGAGGAAAGUAAGUUGAAUUGGUUAAGAAGUGGCCUGAGGAUGGCUUUUUUGAGACUGGCAAGGGAGUCCUUGAGAAACGAGCGAGAGGAUUCGAGGCUGAUCAGUUGGUUCCGGACCAGUUGUAAAACCAUCUGCAGGAGCUGCGGCAGACUAUUGCCUCUCGAGAAGUUCCCACGCGAGAAAUGGUCCCGUUCCUCUUCGUGCAAUUACUGUCUCUACGUGAGAAUUCGCACUGGGCCUCGGCUCGUAUACGAGCCGUAUCAAAGACUUCUUCGUGAUGUAAGACGUCGCGAAGCUAGAAUCUAUUGUUACACCAGUCUGGCUUUUGUUAUUGAUGCAAAAGCUGUUUACCAUUUGGUGAACGAUAUUUGGCACGGGAAAUCGGCCAUUUCUGAAAACGAUAAUUUAGAGGAGUUGAGGUUGGUGAGAUUUCGAAAUGACGAAGAGUGGUCACCGUGGAAUUGUCUUUUAUUAACCGUGAAGGAAGCCUCGUUGCAUCGAAAGGUAGUUGACCUCGAUAAGUUUUACGGACCGAUGAUACUACAAAAGUUCUGCACGAAGAAUCUUCAGGCCAAACUUCGGUUCGAGUUCGUGGCAAAAUUCAAGAACCUUCGUGGGAAUAAACAAUGCUAUUAAACGCUCAUUUAUUAUUGUUCUUCGUGGGAAGUUAAUUAGCAAGUUGCGGAUAUUUUCUUCAGCGUAUAGUAAAAGGAUAGAGUAAAGAAAGCGAAGUUUGAUAUCACGUUGAGAGUGUUGAGCGAAUAGUUAGAUGCUGAGAAUAUUUAAUUCGUAAACAUGGAAUAUUUAGUAUAAAAUAAAAGUAUUUUCAUGAUCGUCUAAAUUUAUUCAAUAUGAAAAAUCUAUCACCUUACCUCCACGCGAUCUCAAUAGAAAGAUAUUAGGGGAUAGCAAGUACCGUGUAUUUCUUGAAGCAUCCAAUAAAUAAUUAUUCUUAUAGUAACUUUUACAUCAACAAAAAAGGAU